GACUGACUUUUGACUGAGUGAUGUCUCAGCCGCCGCCGUUCCCCUCACGCUUCGCGGGGCCGCCUCAGCUCCGCUGCUUCCCGUCGACGGGGGGGCCUCCCCCGGGGUUGUUCCGUGGGCCGCCGCCUCAGGCUUUUUCUCCUUCGCCGUUCCCGCCAUUUUCGGGCGCGGGCCUACCAUCGCCUGCUUACCCGCCGCCUCGGCCUCCAUUCCUGCCUCCUCUUCCAUGGCAGCAGCCUCCACUCCCGGAGCGGCCUUCGCCUCAAUGGAGGCCGGAGGCUUCGCCGUUGUUCGUGGCCGAGCGGCCUAGGCCCAGGCCUGCGCUUGGGCCUGAGGCAGCGGGGCCACCCGGCGGCCUGAGGAGAGGAGGCCGGGAUGGCGGCGGCGACGGCAGCAGCAGCAGCGACGACGACCACGGCGAGCAAUGGCUGAGCCGCUUCUUGGCGCGUCGCCGCCCCGCAACCGCCGCGUCGCCGCCGCCUCCUCCGCCGCCCCGCGGCUUCGGCCCCAGCCAGGCGGGGCGGGCGGCCGCGGAGGCGCUGCGGCUGGUAGCCCAACUCGCCGCGCUGUGUGGCGACUGGCGGCGGCGGGGCGACGAAGCCGAGGGAGAGGAGGUGGCCGCGGCUGAGGCCCGGCUGGCGGAGCUGCGGGAGGCGGUGCGGCCGCUACGGAGCGACGGGCCCCUGGCCCAGCUGCGGCGCCGGGUGGCGAGAGGCCGCAAGAAGCGGCUGCGGCGCCGGCAGCGGAGAGAGGAGGGCCGCGCGGCGCGCGAGGAGGCGGCGGCCCGCGAGGCCGAGCGCGAGGCGCAGAUCGAGCGCUGGCGGGCCCGGCGGGCCCAGGAGGUGGAGGAGAGGCGCCGGGAACAGGAACUUAAAGCUGCUGCAGACAGUGUGUUAUCUGAAGUAAUGAAAAAACAAGCAGACACAAAGCGCAUGGCAGAAAUUGUGCGUGGCUUAGAAAAGCUUAGGAAACUAAGAAAAGACGCAGCAGGAAGAAAAGGUAUUUCUCCACCCCCUGCUGCGGAUGAAGCCUUUGAAAAUGAAGUCCAGAGCUUAAGGACACUGAUUAAAAAGCGCACUGAACUCUAUGAAGCUGAAGAACGAGCUUUGCGUGUUAUGCUGGAAGGAGAACAGGAAGAAGAAAGAAAAAGAGAAAUGGAGAAGAAACAGAAGAGAGAAAAGGAAAAGCUCCUGCAGCAGAAAUGUGAAAUGGAUUCCAAACUGUUUGGAGAUCCAGAUGAAUUUCCCCUUGCCCGACUUUUGGAGCCCUUUACACAGUAUUAUUUACAAGCAGAAUAUUCCGCACCAGCUCUCAUCCAGAUCAGGCAUGAAUGGGAUCGCUAUCUGGUACCUGCAGAUCACCCCGAAGGAAAUUUUAUCCCACCAGGAUGGGUCCUUCCCAGUCAACCUUCCAAUGACAUCUGGGCCACAGCUGUCAGAUGAUGGCUUCAAAGUCCCACUGAAGCAGUUGUAUGAGUAAUAAAUCACAUUUUGUAAGUCCUUUGGGGUUUAAAACAUCUCAGAAAUUUGUUGAAAAACAGGGAUAUGAAGAUGGAUAUGAAAAAGCUGAUUCAGAAGACAAAUACUGUUUGCAGAAAAUGUGAAACGCUUAGAGAUGAUGCCAGAGGUCCGUUGCAAGUUCAGAGGAAUUUAAUCACAAUAAUAUUGUAAUGGAGCUGCUGUUGCUAUUGUAUAUGUUGGUGUGGAAGGUGUAGCUCUGCACUUUAAAUCCAAUACACCUUGCCUCAGAAUUUUUAAACUUAUACAAUAUUUCUGCCCUGACUUAAAAGGUGGGAAAUGGUUGCUGCAAAGUUAACAGUGUUGUUCCAAUAGCAGAGUAAAGAAUUUGUCAUGGGCAUGUGCGACAGCACAUUUAAGAACCUGUGCUAUUAACUGCACCCUGCUAAGGCAAAAUGCAGUCCUGAGACCAUGUAGCAUAUGCAUCUGUUGAAUAUUAUUGCAUGUGUUUUUUAUCUGAUUUUUCAUGGGAAAUCAGAGUUAAUUAUCAUGAAGUAACAUCAAAGACUAUUCGUGAAGCCUUUGGAACUUUAUCCAGGUUCUCAAGUUUCAGUUACGUCUUUUUGGACUCUAUAGUUAUGUUGACCUUAUGUGCAUUGAGAUGUGGCUAAUUAUCACCUCCUUUCAUUUAGUGCUAAAGCACUUCAGAUGGAACAAUGUGGAGAGAAUUAAUAGCAGCACUGCCACUUCGUUGAUACAAAUUGCACCUACUUAGAUUUUUCAUAUGCGCAUAUGAUGUACAUACUCAGGAAAGCAUUAUUUUUCUGUCUUCUCUUAAAGUAGGAAAACUGGAAAAGAGAUAGCAACUGGGAUAUUUUUUGUCUGUUUAAUAGCUCACAAGUUAAGUCAAACUAGGGUUCAGUUUUGAAUGAACCUUAUGCGUCUGUGUCUUGCUUUAGUGAGAGACUUUAAUAGAAACCCAAAUGGAUAAACAUUACAAACCAGGAUCAAACCAUCGUUUGCAUUCCCGGUUUGGUGGGCAAGUAAAAAACAUACUUUGUUAGUUUGGAUAAAUGGUAAAUUGGUUUCCACGAAAGCAGAAGUAUCUCAUUAAAGUGGAGCGGGAGAAUAAUGAGCACAGAGAUCAUUCAUGGAAUACCGCACCAUGAUUUUGUGUUGCAUGUGAACCAGCUUUGGCACUUCAGGAGAUGAGCAUCUAAUGUUUCACAACCUUCUAAAAUAUACUUCAUAAACGUAGUGAUACAUUUUCCAUGGAUGCUGUGAUUUCUAAGUUGCUAAACGUUGGAGGCUGCUCUUGACAACAAAAAUAAUAAUGAGCCAUUUUAAUAUUUAUGCUAAACAUCAAAGAGAGGAUUUCUCCUGGAAAGUUGUAGAGUUGAAGCUGUGUUGCAAUCUGCACAACUUGUCAGAUUUAAGAGAACUAGAAACCUUUGACAAGCAAUUGAAUGGCAUUUUACACUAAAAUCGGCAGCUUGCUACAAAAGUAUCUCCAAAAUACUUGUGUAAAACAAGUGCCACUUUGUGCUUUGAAACAAAAUUGUAUUAAAGGGGAGUGGCCCAAAUGCAAUGUGGUAAAUUGUUACAACUGUUGUUUUUAGUGCUAUUUAAUAAAAAACUCACUGGAUUUUAUUUGUAAUAAAUAAAUAAAUAUUUUGCACUGUG